UUUUUUUAUUUUUUGAAUUCGUUGUUUUAGUGCCCUUGCCGCUUUACUCUUCAGCCCUUUCAGGCUCCUUCACCUGAACGCCCUCUAUUCUUCACCCGAUCGCUCUGUAUACCCUUCUUCCCGCUCGUCCUGGCCCCCAAUUUGCUUUUCCUUGGUACCUGAACUGAACCUGAUGCGAGCUGAUCAGGGAAAAUAGAUUCACCAUUGCCGUUACAACCAACCAUCUGGUCUGGUCUUGGUUAUCUCCUCGAAGAUUCUGACCAACGAAGAGGUGCAGAAAAGAGUGGCUCGCUUCGAUGCAAACAAGCAUAAUUCCAAGAGCUCUCCCGUAGCCGAACUUAUGAGGUAUUUCGCCACUUAAAAGUAAAUUGAAUUGGCUAUCAUUUUAUUCUCCACGAUGGACCACUACUGUGGAGGGCCUGGGGCAUCAUAUCCGUGGAAAGGAUCCACGCCCACGGGCUUAUUGGCCAGAAAUUGAUCAAUAUUUCUUGUGGUAGAUGUCCACUGGAAAAUGCCUAGAGAAAAGAGGCGUGAUCUGCCUUGCAGUGGAGAAAAAGGUGAUGGAACUCUUCGUGUGGCGGAUGAGAGAUAUUGUUACAAGCCAAAAGGAAACGGUGGAAAUCCUGUGCAUUAAACGAAGGUAUCAAGACUGGGGAAGGGAAAGGAAGAGAAAACUGUCUGUUGUGGGAUGUUUAAUAUGUCCCACGAUAAGCCUCGUCUUCUGUUAUCAUCCCCUUCGGCCCUGUUUAUUCCCAUCGUCGAGUCGGUCUUCCUAUGUACGUCCAGGUCGUCACCGUCAGAACGUUAUCUUACCCGUUGUAUCCUCCCGCCUCCAAAAUGAGUGCUUGAUCUUAACCAGUUCUCUUGAAUGAACCGUUUUAAACUACUGCUGAGGCG